UAAUCGGUAGCAUCUAUUUCCCCACAGGCCUCCAGCCUGAACUGGAAGUGGGCAGCACUCCGGAGACGGCCCUGAAAUCUCGGCCCAUCUCAGGAGAAACCAAACUUGGGAAAAAUGUUUGCGGUACACUUGAUGGCGUUUUACUUCACCAAGAUGAAGGAGGAUCAGAUCAAAAAGGUGGACAGGUUCCUGUAUCACAUGCGUCUGUCUGAUGAGACCCUUUUGGACAUCAUGACUCGUUUCCAGGCUGAAAUGCAGAAGGGUCUGGGGAAGGACACCAACCCUACUGCCUCGGUGAAGAUGCUGCCUACCUUUGUCAGGGCCAUUCCAGAUGGCUCAGAAAAUGGGGAGUUCCUUUCCCUGGAUCUAGGAGGAUCCAAAUUUCGAGUGUUGAAGGUGCAAGUCUCUGAAGAGGGGAAACAAAACGUCCAGAUGGAGAGUCAGUUCUAUCCGACACCCAAUGAAAUUAUCCGAGGGCCUGGCUCCGAGCUGUUUGAAUACGUAGCUGACUGUCUGGCGGAUUUCAUGAGGACCAAAGGGCUGACGCACAAGAAACUGCCCCUGGGCCUAACCUUCUCUUUUCCAUGCGCACAGACUAAAUUGGAAGAGGGUGUCCUGCUUUCAUGGACGAAGAAGUUUAAGGCUCGGGGAGUCCAGGACACAGAUGUAGUGAGCCGUCUGACCCAAGCCAUAAAAAAACACAAGGACAUCGACGUAGACAUCCUGGCCUUGGUCAAUGACACCGUGGGGACCAUGAUGACGUGCGCCUAUGACGAUCCCUACUGUGAAGUUGGUGUCAUCCUUGGCACCGGCACCAACGCGUGUUACAUGGAGGACAUGAGCAAUAUUGACCUGGUGGAAGGCGACGAGGGGAGGAUGUGCAUCAACACCGAGUGGGGGGCGUUUGGGGACGACGGCGCCCUGGAGGACAUCCGCACCGAGUUUGACCGGGAUCUGGAUUUCGGCUCGCUCAACCCCGGGAAGCAGCUGUUUGAGAAGAUGAUCAGCGGCCUGUACUUAGGCGAACUCGUCAGGCUCGUCUUACUGAAGAUGGCCAAGGCAGGCCUCCUGUUUGGCGGCAAGAAAUCCUCCACUCUCCUCACUAAGGGCAAGAUUGAAACACGGCAUGUGGCUCUCAUGGAGAAGUAUAAAGAAGGCCUUGCCAAUACAAGAGAGAUCCUUACGGAUCUGGGCCUGGAGCCUUCGGAGGCCGACUGCAUUGCGGUUCAGCAUGUCUGCACCAUCAUCUCCUUCCGCUCAGCCAACCUCUGUGCAGCGGCCCUAGCAGCCAUCCUGACACGCCUCCGGGAGAACAAGAAGCUGGCGCGGCUCCGGACCACGGUGGGCGUGGAUGGCACACUCUACAAGAUACAUCCUCAAUACCCCAAACGCCUGCACAAGGUCGUGAGGAGACUGGUCCCGAACUGUGACGUCCGCUUCCUCCUGUCGGAGAGUGGCAGCACCAAGGGAGCCGCCAUGGUGACGGCAGUGGCCUCCCGCGUGCAGGCCCAGCGGAAGCAGAUUGACAGGGUGCUGUCUUUGCUGCGGCUGACCCCGGAGCAGCUCGUGCGAGUGCGGGACAAGAUGCGGGCGGAGCUGGAGUACGGGCUGAAGAAGGACACCCACCCACAGGCCACGGUCAAGAUGCUGCCCACCUAUGUGUGCGGGAUGCCGGACGGCACAGAGAAAGGAAAGUUCCUCGCCCUGGACCUCGGGGGAACCAACUUCCGCGUCCUCCUGGUGAAGAUCAGAAGCGGGCGGAGGUCGGUGCGAAUGUACAACAAGAUCUUUGCCAUUCCCCUGGAGAUCAUGCAGGGGACCGGCGAGGAGCUGUUUGACCACAUCGUGCAGUGCAUCGCUGACUUCCUGGACUACAUGGGCCUCAAGGGAGCCCAGCUGCCCUUGGGCUUCACGUUCUCCUUCCCCUGCCGGCAGACGAGCAUCGACAAGGGAGCGCUCAUUGAGUGGACCAAAGGCUUUAAGGCCACUGACUGUGAAGGGGAAGACGUGGUGGACAUGCUCAGGGAAGCCAUCAAGAGGAGAAACGAGUUUGACCUGGAUAUCGUCGCGGUUGUGAAUGACACCGUGGGGACGAUGAUGACCUGUGCCCAUGAAGAUCCUAACUGUGAGAUUGGCCUGAUUGCAGGAACAGGCAGCAACAUGUGCUACAUGGAGGAGCUAAGGAACAUAGAGCUGGUGGAAGGGGACCAAGGGAAGAUGUGCAUUAACACCGAGUGGGGAGGAUUUGGAGACAAUGGCUGCAUAGAUGACAUCCAGACCCAAUACGACAAGGAGGUGGAUGAGGGCUCUUUGAAUCCUGGCAAACAGAGAUAUGAGAAAAUGACCAGUGGGAUGUACCUGGGGGAGAUUGUGCGGCAGAUUCUGAUUGACCUGACCAAGCAGGGUCUCCUCUUCCGUGGGCAGAUUUCAGAACGUCUCCGGACCAGGGGCAUCUUUGAAACCAAGUUCCUGUCCCAGAUUGAAAGCGAUCGGCUGGCCCUCCUGCAGGUCAGGGGGAUCCUGCAGCAGCUCGGCUUGGACAGCACCUGUGAGGACAGCAUCGUGGUGAAGGAGGUGUGUGGAGCUGUGUCCCGCCGGGCGGCCCAGCUCUGUGGUGCUGGCAUGGCUGCCAUCGUGGAGAAAAGGAGGGAAGACCAGGGGCUGGAGCGCCUGACGAUCACUGUGGGCGUGGACGGAACCCUGUACAAGCUGCACCCUCACUUUUCUUGGAUAUUGCAGGAAACUGUGAAAGAAUUAGCCCCUCGCUGUGACGUGACGUUCAUGCUGUCAGAAGAUGGGAGCGGAAAGGGAGCCGCUCUGAUCACUGCUGUGGCCAAGAGGUUACAGCAGGCACAGAAGGAGAACUAGGAGCCCGUCAGGGUCAGGCCCGAGGAGCCUUGGAUACCGACCAGCCUUUCCUCUGGCAGAGAAGGCGGUCAGGGACCAACAGGCAAGAUUCUGGCUGACUACCUUCUAGACGGCCGAAAGAGAACCCAAGGUUCUUGGGUAUUCUUAGCAGUUUGUUACUGGUUUUCAAGGGCAGUAAAUGAUAUCUCUGUGUGGCAUAGUUGGGCCCAAGGUGGGCCAGCUUGUAAAAUCAAAGCAUGCGUGUGGCUCGAGAGAUCUCCUUCCAGCAAAACUUUCAGCUGAGGCUGACCUGUCAGUUCUCUAUGGCUUUGGGUCUUGUGGUCGCUGGCCUUGGCAAUGGAUGUGCGGUCUGCCCAUGGGGCCUGGCUGGCUGAGGUCCCACUGGUAUGCUUCGGCCGUCACUGUAGUCGGUUGGGUCCUCUACUUGGGGCUGCACGCUCCAGGGGCUAGGGACUCCUGCAAUAAAUCGGAGACUUAAUCUAACUUGUCCUUAACUUGUCAUGUUGUCUUCAAAUGUGAAGCGAGAACAAAGACUUUGGAGUAUUCAGCCCCAGGAUGAAGAAGGAUCGAUUGCCAGGGAGGCUUGCAGGAAGCUUUCACUCUCAAAGGGAGUUAAGUCAGCACCCUGGAGGGUUCUGUGUCUCAAUAUGUGUGUCACUGUUUGGGGCACCUGUUUUUCAUUUUACAUGUGGUUUGCGUCGCUGCUGUUGAUUGUUGUUUGAAGGACUGUUGGUUAUAUGAAAUCCAGUAAAUGAAUAAAAAAUAUUUGAUUUCCCAAGAAUCUUUGCAUGAAGUAUUAAUAUUUCAUCUGGGAGGCUCGCUUGGUAACUUCAGGCUCUGCCGUGGACUAAGGGGCACAGAGAGUCAGAAGUUGCUGAGAGCAUGUCUCCAGUCCAGACUUCCUACCAACAGAGGAAAUACACGGCAUAUCUUCUACAAUGUCUUUAACAGAUUAUCUAAAUUUUAUUUGAAUGAAUACUUCCGGUGACUCCAUUACAUGAUCUUA